AUCGCUACACCCAUGUCAGUAAAAUUUGUUUGUGUAAUUUUAGGUUCCGGUAAAGUACAAAAUAAAAACAAAAGUAUUAAGCAGAAAUUCCCGUUUGUCUGAUAUGCCAUGAGUUAUUUUCCAUCAACAGGAGCAGUAGCUGUGCCCUUUCCGAUCCCGGAAACUUUGAUUCCAGAGCACUGGAAGUCCAACAAGGUGUGUGUGGUGUCCAUCAUUGGAAAGAGCAGCCAUAGCGGAUUCACCUCCAAGGCAUCCAAGUUCAACAAUGUACUAGACGCAGAGGUCUUUCAGGGUGUUAGUAAAGAAUUAAAGACAUUGGUAAAUAAGGGAGAGAUAGAGUGUUACUAUGAUGGUGACAAUAAUGUGGUCUAUCUACACCACACCAGUCUACAUGAUACGUACAGACUUUCAGCCGUCUGUGAACAAAUGAAAAAUGCCUCUGAAAAGGAAUUGCAGGGGCUAUGGCAACAGGAGGAGUGCCACUAUGCUAAGUGCAUGUUGUUCCUGUUCCAAGUUUCACAUCUAAUAGUGAUCUCACAUCCAGGGUCCUCAUUUGAUACCACAUACGUGAGGCUCUUUAGGAUACUGGAUUCCAUACGAGUCAAGACUCAGAAAUGUGUCCAGGACCAGAUUGCAAGCCUUGGAGUGUCGCCCGACUGGAAGUACAACGCUCGACCUUGCUCUCCCCGCGUUCUCUUUUUGUUUGAGAUGUCCACGUUGGAGUUUGACUCUGAAGAGGCGGUGGAAAACUCCGCAUAUAGGAGCAAACCUCAGAAAAUUUCGACUGUGAAACGUUUGCAGCACUGUAUGGAAGACCAGAUAUACAAGAUAUUGCGAAAAUCUCGUGUGAUCACCAAUAUUAGCAACAACUCGCUGUUCGCAGUCCCGGCCAAUCAGGAGUUUGUAUUCCUACAUGUGUGUGAAAACGAGGCAGCUGAUCCUGUUAAAUUCUUCCUGUCCCAGUUACGGGAAAACAUCACUCAUACAGUUGGACCUAAGAAGGGCCCCAGUGAAGGGCAGGUCAGCUUCAAGGAGUUUCUAUGGCAACACAUAGAGAUGGCUCUGACCAAGGGAUUUGAUGACAAUGUAGGGAGACACCAGGUGGCUGCUCAUUUUGAGCUAGCAAAAAGUGAGACAUGGUUCAACCUAGCUGGUCGCCUGUACGCCAUGUUUUUCGGUGAUAAAGUGGAUGCCAAACUACAGCCGCACUGGAACACACUGAAGUCUCUGCUGGAAACAGACCGGAGAUUCUCAGAAAAUCGCUGUAACAAGGUGUUGCCAUUGGCUGAGAGUGCAUACCAGGAGAACCUUCCAACCCACUAUGUAACUGCCUAUCACCUAAGCAAGCUUGCCCAUGCCAAGAAGGUGUUUACCCAGCUGGCCCGGGGACCGGCAUGUGACAAAUACCUGAACCAGCUGGAGGAGUCAUGUGACACGUUCUGGAAAAAUGGGAGACAACUCUGUGAGGAGACUAGUCUCACUGGGAACCACUGCGUUAACCCGCUUCAUCGCACGGAUGAUGACAUCAUCGCACCCUCGCUGAGUCACCUUCCCAUGAUGCCCCACUCCAGCCAACUCAAGAUGGUUGCUGCGUGCAACUGUGGACAUCGCAUUGAAGACAAAGAGGACCCUUUUACUCACAAGGUCGCUAAUUUUGACUUCUACGAGAAGCUGAAGGAGACUUGCUGUGGCACGUUGGAGAGCUAUGCAUUCCCUGUGUUCAAACCCAGCACCCUAGACAUCAAGGCAGCUACGCUAGCCUUCACCAGCCCGCAAACAAAGGUCAGAGCACCAAUACGGAGUGGCGACCUUGAGGCCAUCAAGACUGACCUAACUGCAGCUACCCAGGGCAUGGCCACCCUUAGUCUGGCGCUCAGCUUGAGUCAGCCGGGCAGUUCUGACCUGUUUGUGGCUAAUAACCAUAGUAACUGCAGUCCUCUGCCUGACCAAGACUCAGUAUCCAAUCCUCCAGAUCACACGGACGUCCAGUCACCAGCGUCACCAGAAUGCCUGAGUCCAGCCCGCCAACACUCGACAACGGAGUACCUGCCGGGCAUGAUUCACACGGACUCUCCCGCAGGGCUGCUGCCCAAGUUCCCAUCCUGGUCCCUCGUGUGUCUUGGAAAAUCCAGUAUCUACAACCAUAAUCAAGGACUUGAAAUGCCAGGCUUUUUGCCUGGAAGCAACUUCCUCCUGCCCUGGGAUGUCACUGUGCAGGCAGAGAGGGAUAAAUGGCCCACUGUAGGGGAAAGUAGCAGCAAGAGAGACAAAUGGCCCUCAGUAGGGGAAACUGCAGUAAAGAAAGGAAAGCAAAAGAAAUCCUCCAGAGGAAAAGAAUUAGUGGAGGUUAGCCUGCGCGUGUACCUGGGAGAGGAGUAUGAGUGCCCAAGGGGUCACAGGUUUUGCUGCAGUGGUCCAGAGAAGGUCAUCAAGGUCUCCAGCACCAGCAGUGUCAAGGACAACGCCAACAAGCUGGUCAACCUGGACAUGCCCCUCUACUGCCCGUGUCUGCACUGCAGGUCAUCCAAGGGGUAUAUGGCCCAGAUGAUGCGUAUCUACAUUGUGACCCCGGAUGGUCCCUUACAGGUCAGCGUGAAUCCCCUGGUGCAACCUGCACCCCAUCCUUGCCCCACCUUCCACCCAGGGGUCGGGGAGGAGAUUGACCUCACUCCGGCGUCAGUCUGGGUACUCAGGCUUCCUUCCGUGUACAUGGGGGACGAAGGCCCAUAUACAAUACCAUCUGAUGCAGCCCAGCUGCCUGCCUGCAGGCUCCUGAAGGGAACCUUUAACUUCAAGGAAAUGACGUCAGAAUGAAAAUGUAAACUGAAAGGAGCGUCCAUCCACCGGAAAUGAGGAAAUGACGUUGUAAUGAGGUCGAUAAAAGAAAGGAGCAUUUAUCGCGUUUGGAAGUGAUCUCAGAAUGAGAACGGUGAACUGAAGGUAGCGUUUGUCUUGUAAAGAAAAUGACAUUUUUGUACUGCCGUUUAACAGAAUUGAGCGUUUAUUACGUGAUGAAAUAACGGCAUAAUGAAGCUACCAAACUGAAAGGAGCAAUCAACUUUACAUGAAAUGACGUCAUAAAGAGGCAGUUAAAAUGUAAAAUGUGCGAAUUUUCGCACCGAAAUAAAGUCAAUAUCUAUCUUAGAAGUUUAUAUAUGACUUGACUGUAUUAGACUCAGACUUCAGAAACUUUUUUAAAUCAUUAGCAUACACGUAAGUCUAACACAAAUGUAGAUGUUGAUGCUUUUAUGUCAGAAGAAUGUUUUCAUAAAAGAAAACAAUUUGCACAUGAUUGACGAGUAUUUUGUCAUGUACAUGUACAUUGAUAUAUUAGGUGUAUAUGUGUUAUGAAUAUGUUGUUUGAGUAUAUUUACCCUUUAAUGUUCUUGACAUUCAAACAAUAUUGUCUGUUUCCAAAAUAUAUAUUUAAAAAAUAAAGAUACAUAUUU